ACUGUAUUUACUUUAUAUAAACUGUACAUUUAUUAUAAAAAAAGUUUAUUUUUAUAUCAACCAAUGCUCUCUUCACUAGUAUUGCAAUAUUUCUUUCUCAUACAUUUAACCUGACAGGAAGAGAAAUCAGGUAAAAGAAAAAUAUAUCUACCAAUUUUUUGUCUAAAAUCUAUAGUAAAUAGUAAAUAUCUUAAUAUUUUUAAAACGAAUAUUAUAGAAUAAGAGAUAGGCGUCUAUUGCGAAGAGAAAGCUUCAUUUGAAAAGAGAAAGCUAUAUUUCCUUACAGUGAAAAUUUUAUUGAUGAUUUCAUCUAUAAAAAUUAUUAUGCGUGUUCCACUUGCAAUACUAUAUGUGUUUUAGUGUUCAAUAUACUGUACACUUAAAACGAUGAGCAAUUUACGAAAUAGCGCUUCCCGUCAAUUUUAUUCAAGGUAUCUGGUCAACUUAUAAUAGAAUAUACUGUAUAUAUAAAUUUAUAUAUAUAUAUAUAUAUUAGUAUAUAUUUAGUGCAAACCCAGAGUUUAUAUUAAAGCAUGCCUUACCAUUUUUUCGUAUAAACUGUAUAGUUUUAUUUGAAAGACUAUACAAUGUAAACAAAAUGAAGAAAUAGUCAAUAUAGUUAAACUUGCAUUUGGAUGAGUAGGUAAAAAUAUGUAACAAAGAAUUUUUAGUAAUGACGAAAAGAAGGGAAUAUACAGUAGUAUAUUAUAAGAACUAUAGGUGAUAUAAUCUUGUAAUAUAUAUGUAUAUGUGCUUAUUUGUAACAUGUUAUAUUUUAAUGAUAUGUUCUAUAGCAAAAAGCGUAUGAUAGUGAAUGCAAUAGGUUGCAAAAUAGCAGAUAUGAGAAAAAUAGAGAGAGAGAGAGGGAGAGAAGAAAAGAUAAAAUAACAUUAUAUAAAUAGAGAAAUCUGUUGGAUAUUUUGCUUUGUUUAAAUAUCUUCAUGUAGACGUCUAAAAUACAGCUAAUAAUGAACUUUAUGGAGAGUAAAAGCUGUAAUAUGCUUAAUUGAGUAUUACGCUGAUCUGUUGUCUUAUUAGACGAAUAAAACUACAAUUAUAAAGAAAGAUGGAACUAGUAUCGAAUAUAAUUUUCAGUGAAUCGUUUUGGUUACCUCAUUAUGUAAAAUGGAAAGAUUUCGAAAACGUUACGAAAAUAGAUAUGCCAGUAGCUUGGCAUUGUUUUCUAGCCUUACCUAUUGCUGUGGGCCUUUUUAUACUAAGAUUGUUAUUCGAAAGAUUUAUUUCUACUCCUAUUGGAAGAAUAUUUAAACUAAAGGAAUCUCGACCAAAAAAACCUAGAGAUAAUGAGUUAUUGGAAAAUGAAUUCCGGUCUGCUUUUAAGAAAACAAUACCCAAUUACGAAUCAUUAUUAGAAUUAUCAAAAAAGACUGAUCUAACAGUAAGACAAUUAGAGAGAUGGUGGAGAAGACGGCGAAUAUUUGGUAAUCCAAGCGAAAUGCAAAAAUUCAACGAAGCCAGUUGGAGAUUAACUUUCUAUUGUUUGGUUUUCUGGUAUGGACUAAUCAUCUUAUUCGAUAAAGAUUACUUUUGGGAUACAAGAAACUGCUGGUCUAAUUAUCCGUAUCAGCAUCUUUCCAAAUCAAUAUGGUGGUAUUAUCAAAUAGAAAUGGCAUUUUAUUGGUCGUUAUUGAUAUCUGUAUUUAUGGAUACUAAAAGAAAGGAUUUUGCGAUAAAUCUUUGCCAUCAUUUUGCGACACUUUCUCUAAUGAUAUUUAGUUUUAUACCAAAUUUCAUCAGAAUGGGAUCAUUGGUUUUAUGUGUUCACGAUGCUGUGGAUGGAUGGUUGGAGAGUGCAAAAUUGGCUAAAUAUUUAAAAUUUUCCAAGCUAACUGAUGUUCUCUUCAUAAUUUUUGCUAGUGUAUGGGUUAUUACAAGGCUAUGCAUAUUUCCAUUCUACCUCAUUAGAUCAACUUUAUUUGAAUCAGAAGCGGUAAUGCAAGGAAAAUAUGUUCCAGCUCACGUUUUAUUCAACAUUCUAUUAAUUACCUUGCUGAUUCUUCACAUAUAUUGGUUCUAUUUAAUAUGUAGAAUGUUGCACAAGUAUCUUAUUUCUGGAGAAAUUGAAAAAGAUAUCAGAAGUGAAACUGAACCAGAUACCUCUGAUAACGAAGUAAGGAAGCAAAAUGGUAACGGUAUUAGUAGACAAUAAACUAUAAUAAAGAGAAACGUAAUGUAAAGUACUCUGAACAAAAUUUCAAUAGAAGAUAUAGUAAAAAUAACUCUUGAGGAGAAGAAGAGAAAGAUGAAGACAAAGAAAAUAAUUAUGUUAUUAAUCAUAUUUCAAAAAAAAGACUGAAAGUAGAAAAAGCAAAACGUUUCUUUUAUGAAAUAAAUGAAAAGUUUUAUUUUGUUGUUUACCUCUUUGUUUAUCUUUUUCUCUCCUCUCUAUCUCCCUCUCUUUCUCUUCCUCCCUCUCUCUUUUUGUCAAUCUACCUCUUCUAUUAUUUUGCAAAAUUGUAUUCAUAAACUUUGAUAUUUCUAAGUGUUUUUUCUAAAGGAAUAGAAAAAGAGUUAAUUAGGUUAUUUAUAUACAUUUUUAAAAAUAAAAUAUGAAUGUUUAUUAGCAAUAUUUUCCAGAAAUAUGUUCUUUUUACACUUACACACGUGUAUGUAAUGAAGUUUACAUAGAGUCUUCAAGGAUAAUUAGUCCUAUAUUUGUCAGGUUAACACGCUGAUUUUUUUUCUCUUUAAUAUUUCAUUUCUAAACCAUCGAAAGCACUUCUAAUACUACAGAUAUAUAUAUAGUGCGCGAAAAUUUGUGACUUGUUUCUCUAUCCCUACUUCUGCUUAGAAACUUUACGAAGAAGAUGGUCUUAUGUAUGUGAGCUUCAUCUAGACUAUAAAGAGUAUUGAUUGGAGGAAUAAAAUGGUCUUUUACAAUGUCUACGUAAUUCUCUUCUUUUAUUCUGGAUCUCACAAGCUCAAAAGAAGUCUUUCCUUCGUAUAACACUUCUCCUCAUAUUAUCACACUACCUCCACGCUGUAUCUAUAGGAAAAGAUUCUUUUUUCUUUGUGGUAGUCAUACCAAUAGCAAAUCCAAUCAUCAGGCCCAUUAAGAUUGAAAUCUCUCGUCAUUAAAAAUGAUCUUAUGCCAAGAAUCAAAAAUAAAAUACUUAUAACAAAGCUAUAUGUUCCAUGUUUUAGCUUUGGCUUUUUCACUCAAUUUUUAUAAUGCUCUAUACUUUUAGAAUGUUUCUGCUGGUGUAUUUACUACCAGGUAGAAGUAAUUGAGUUUUAAUUUUUCUGGCUGAAAUUUGCUUGUUGCCAGCAGCAUCUACUAUCCUUUUCCUUAUAAUGGUGCAGUAUAGUUUCUUUAUGCCCUUAUUCAUCAUCCUUAGGCCAAAGCUUUCUGGAUUCCUGAGAAAUCUGGAAAUAGUAAAGUUACUGCUCUUCAGUCUUAUAGCAAUUUUGCUCUUGCUGGUAUGCCUUUUGCUCAGUAAACAAGUAUAGAAUGACUAUUUUUAACAAAUUGACGAAGAACACUCUUAAUUGUUGAAUAAAAACUCAAUAUAUACAGUAUAUAUACAAUAUAUAUUAUAUCGAAUCCUCUGACCAAUUUUAAUAAACUACCUAACAAAUAUCUUGGUUUGGAAUGAGAGUGUGAA